GCGAGGCUUUCAGGUUGGUUACGCGAUGGCCGCUCUCUCAUCAGUAUUUGGGUUUUAACGCGAAAACAAUGGCUUCGAGGCUCGGAGAGGCCCGCUGCUGUCUUUUCUAACUACCGGAAUGUUAGCGGCAUCAUUUAAGCUGUUGUAGGAUGGAUCCAGGCUGUGGGGCAGAAACACAAAACGCUGUCAGUUUGCAGUGGAAAAGCUACAAACUCGUCCAGGACCCCGCUAUCAGGCGUGUGACACAGAAAAUCUACAGAUACGAUGGAGUACAUUUCAGUGUGCCGGACUCUGGAUUUCCUCCUGUGGGUGAAUUGCGUGAUCCUCGACCCCGGAGGUUAUGGUCCAGAUAUACAGAAAUGUCCCUGCCAGUGCCCAAGUUUAAGCUUGAUGAGUUCUAUGUGGGUCCCAUACCCCUCAAGGAGGUGACCUUUGCUAGACUCAAUGACAACAUCAAGGAGCCCUUCUUGGCUGACAUGUGUGCCAAGUUUGGUGAAGUGGAGGAGAUGGAGAUCCUGUUUCACCCAAAGACCAGGAAGCACUUGGGCCUGGCCAGAGUGUUGUUCACCAGCACGAGAGGAGCCAAGGACACCGUCAAGCAACUCCACAACACCUCUGUGAUGGGUAACAUCAUUCAUGCGCAACUGGAUAUAAAGGGACAGCAAAGGCAAAAGUACUAUGACCUGAUGGUGAAUGGGUCCUACACACCUCAGACAGUGCCCCUGGGAGGCAAGGCUUUGACAGAGAGGCUCCAGCCCCCGGCCCCAACACAGCCACAGCCUCAGCCACAGCCUGACACGUCAUCAGAAACUAGGCGGAGGCUCUCUAGUGAGAUUGCUGUUUUGGCAGCAGGGGUCCAGGCUCUCACAUCAGGAAGUGUUACCCCUUGCCCUGCGGAAACUGUCUUCAGUGAUCAGCGCCUGGACACGCCCCCCUCCACCAUGGCAGGCCCCUUCACCCCAGCCUCCUCUGCUUCGACUCAGAGUGGUGGAGGAACACCUUACAGCUCCAGAUCUGGGACUCCUUUCUCACAAGACUCUGGUUACGCCGGUGCCAGGCAUACUGGCUUCAACACUGGCACUUUGGGCAGUGGUUACCCUCCCCAGGACAUGUUACCUUCCUCCUCCUCGUCUUCUGCAGUCUCAUCUACUGUCGGAGGAUACAAAGUGUCCCGAUAUUCUGAGGAAGCCCAGGAGCCUUCAGUGUAUCAUCGAGGUCGCCCUAUGUACCCCCCAACCACAUCUUACCGUCCCAAUGAGCCACCGUGCUUCCCCCCAUACCCAAAUAUUGGAGGGCCUGGGCAAAACAUGGCACACCACACCUCAAUGCCUCCACCACCCCUUGCCACCCAAUAUGAUCAGCCCGCAAUGUCUGACAGGGACAGAGAAAGAGACUCAGGCGGGCGCUACGGUGCAGGGGGUAUUGGUUCCAGAAGGUCGUCUUACAGCAACCAACAGGACACAAACUCUUCCUCAAAGUACCAUACACAUCACUCCAGUCACCACUCAGAACGCAGGGAUGACAGGGGGCACCGGCGAGACAGCCUGGGCUCCCGGUCAGGUGACCAUAGCCACCAGAAACACCGCAAUCAUCACCAUUCUCACAACCACCAUGGUAGCAGCAGCCGCCGAAGGAGCAGCCACGACCGGGACAGAGAUCGAGAAAGAGACGGUGACUUUUCAAACAGCUCUGACCCCAGAUACAACUCCAGCUCCUACCGCUCUUCCUCUAACAGUAUGUCUCCCCCACCCUCAUCUUACUCCGCAUACUCCUCCAAAGAGCCUGCCCCAGCCACUCCUCAGGGAUUGGACGUUUCCACCCUUCAAGGUUGCCCAAGCCUUGCAGAGAGGGGCGCGCCGCCUUCCGUAGGUGCUGACAAAGACUAUCAUGCUGGUCACCACAGUGCUCUGCCUCCAGCACCACCGCCCCCACCGCCCCUCCCACCAGCUUCUGUUAUUGCAGCGGCUGUAGCAGAGACACUUGGAACAAUGGACUUCAGCCAGGAUAGUCCAGCCCGCGAAGAGCAGUGGACAAAGCCCAAACGCCGUCCCAGCACCCCACCGGCACCGCCGAAGACACCGCCACCUUCCUCACCGCCUCACCCCUCCAUUACUUCCUCCUCUGCCUCUCCUUCCUCCACCUCACUCCCUCAUCGCCUACCCUCUUCCUCCAGCUCCCCACACCCUCCCCAACGUGACUCCUCUUCACCAGAACCAGAUUCCACCAAUGAGAGUUUACCCUUCGCUUACCAUAGCAGCAGCCUUGACUCUCGUAUUGAGAUGCUCCUAAAGGAACAGAAGGCUAAAUUUUCCUUCCUUGCCUCUGAUGAGGAAGAUGAAGAUGAUAGGAAAGAGGACAAGCAGAGGGGCUCACGUGGGGACCGAGGAGAGCGACGAGGUGGGUCAGGUGAUUUAACAGGGGAGCACACAGGUGGUAAUCAGGUGGGAGACAAUGGAGAGAAGGACCAACGGAGGAGAGGGGAAAGAGACAGAGGGAGGAAACGGGGAAAGGGAGGAGAGGGUAGAAAAAGUCCCACUGUACUUAAUGCAAACGCACCAUCCUCUUCCACCUAUUCUCCGCACAUCCCGCCACCAGAGGAGCCCCAGACCCAGGUUGGCCUCGCUGGGCCUGGAGCUCUGCACGAGUCUUCAAUGGCUGGAUUUGCUGAUAAACAAGGCACAACAGGAGCACACACACCACCUUUUAACGGACAGAGUCAGUCCUCCCCUCCCUCCUCAGGGGAAGACAUGGAGAUAUCCGAUGAGGAGGAAACGGAGUCAACCAUCACAACGGUGACCUCACACCAGCACUUGGUCACCUCAGGUUCCUCACCCUCUUCGUCCCAGGCUGCCAUGCCUUCACAAACAGCUGACCCCUCAUCUUCAUCCCCAAACAUCUCUGACUCUGCACAGCACUUUGGUACCUCCAUGCAUCCACCCAUAAACUCCUACCAUGCUCAUUUGCCUCCACCUCCUGGUUAUUCCCUCCAGCCCCCACCUCUCCCAGGAAUCCCUCCCCUUCCCCAUAUGGAGCUGCACUCUGAGUAUCCCCCUCCCAUGCCCCAUCACAUGUAUGACUAUGCCACCUCCAUGGAGAUGAUGAAUCAGUACAGCGGUGGAGCUCCUAUGUCUUUCCAAAUGCAGACCCACAUGUUAAGUCGCCUACAUCAGCUACGCAUGUCGUCAUCCAACAGCACUCCGGGCCCUGGCGAGGCCGCCACUGCUGACUAUAGCUCCUACCACCUCCACUCUAUACCCCCACCACACUCACAUCACCCUUACAUGGACCAAGAGGGUAGCGGGGCGGGUGCUCAUUACGACCAGGACCACCGCUACAUGCCCUCUCAUAUGCCCUACCCAUACCCUGACCCUCAUAGCACUCAGAUACCACCCCAUUCACACCAUGGCAUCCAACCUCCCCAUACAGGCUGGCCGCCACAUGUCUUGCCAACACACUACCCAUCUUACAUGCCCCCACCUGAAUAUGGCACUAUGCUGCCCGGGGAUGGAGACGAGUACAGGGCUCCAGGGGAGGAUAUGCCCAUGCUGGCUGAGAAUCCACAUGAGGCCACGGUGCAGAUGGUCCUGGCCACUCUGAUCCAGGAAAUGAAAAACAUCAUGCAGAGAGACCUGAACCGCAAGAUGGUGGAGAACGUUGCCUUUGCCACCUUUGAUGAGUGGUGGGAGAGGAAAGAGACCAAGGCAAAGCCUUUCCAGACGAUGGUCAGGGGGGUGUCUGCCUUACGGGAUGAUGAGAAAAAAGAGGAAAAGGUCAACCGUCCACGGGAGCCUCUCACGUCUCUUGUGGAUUGGGCAAAGAGCGGUGGCGUGGAGGGCUUUUCUCUCAGAGGAGCACUACGACUGCCUUCCUUCAAGGUGAAGAGGAAAGAACCUCAGGAGCUUGAAGAAGGAGACAUGAAAAGGCCACGACCUUCGACCCCACCAGACGAGGAUGACGAAGCUGCUGAUGGGAGAAUGCCAGAGGCGGACAGGCAUGCAGCUGAAAGGGACAACAAGAGGAGGAAAACGAAGCCAAGGAAUCGUAAACCAUGGGAGCUUGACAGCGAGGGAGAGGAGACGUCGGAUGGCUCCUCGACGGAAAAGGAGGAUGAGGAAGAAGAGGGAAGCGAAAAGGAUUCUGAUGAUGAUGGCCUUAGCGCUGACAGUGAUGAUGAGAGCCUCUCCUCGUCCUCUGAUGGGUCUUCCUCUUCUGCAUCCUCAUCUUCUUCUGAGGAUGAGGAAGGAGAGCGGCCUGAUAGUGAAGGAGCAGACACCAUGGAUGAGUCGACCAUAGACAGCACAACCGAGAAAGAAGAUUACAGGCAAAAUAACGCAGCUGCAGUUUCAAAGGCAGGAGUAAAAACAGGUGAAGCCAAGAACAGCAAGACAGACACAACAGCAGCACCCACCAAACGGCCUCCAUCACCACCAUACCCGCGUCCUUCGUCCCCUGUUGUUCUUCUGCCUCCCCUCAAGAAACGCAGGAAAACAGUCUCGUUCUCCACAGACGAGAACGACAGCAAGAUUCAGCUGCCAACUGCAACAUUAUCUCCAUCUCCCUCACAAAUGGCCGGUGAGUCUCCCCUCCUUUCUCCUGGGAGACCCCCAGACUUACAUGUAUCUGCUGCUGCAACCACCUCAACUCGUCCCUCCAAAGGCAUCCAGCUUCUCCCCUUUGCCUCAAAACCAGGUGCAAGCAACGCCCUCAUUGUGCCCCCACCUGGACGAACUCAAGACUCUGAUGAAUCCAAAAAGGAACCCCCUGUUUCUCCCCAGACCACCCCUGUCAAAUCCCCUGGUAAACGGGGUGCAGGCAAAGACUCUCCCAAAUCUCCUGCAUCUCCUCUUAUGGUGUGCCGCACUGUGCAGAACCUGCCACUGGAUCACUCGUCUAUGUGCAGGAUGGCCUUUGAGGAGGCUCCUCCACUGCCUACUGUUAAUAAACGUUCCAGAGGCAGAGCUCGGACACCCAGCCUGUCUGCUUCAUCCUGUCACUCCCUCAGAGAGGAAGAUGAGGAUGAGGAGGAAAGUGAGCAGAAGUUAAGACUCAGAGAGCAGCUUGGGGCAUCAAGCCUCCUGCAGCUGGCUUCAGCCUCAGCCACUGAUCUGUCUGUGUUGGCUGAUGUAGCCUUGAAAAUGGACCCUGAUGCUGGGGACUCAGAGGAGACAGAGACGUCUGACGAGGCAGAGGAGCAGAAGAUGGAAGAGGAUCUCUUCUCCCCAGAGUCACUGGCACUGGUUAUGAACCCAGAGGGUGUAAUUGUCCUCACGGAGCACAACUACUGCAAACCCCCUGUUCUCACAGCACCACCCAGCACCAAAAGGACUUCCACCAGACAAGACUCUUCUGUCUUGCUCCCAGCAGACCUCAACACCAUUUCUGGGGUGCUUGAGGCCCCUGAGGAGGUCAUUGGAGAGGCGCUACCAUCAAGGGGAGAUGCAGGAGAACACUUGUCUGCAAUUGGAGUGCCUUUUGAUUCUGAGGAUGUUGGCCAGGCUGCAGCUGUACCUCCAUCAUCAAAGAAGAAGAGCAUGGUCGGUAAGGGUUUAGAACAUGAAAAGGAGGAGAGCAAAAAGAGAAGAAGAAAAGACAAAGAAAACCUUGAUGUUCAUCAUACAAAAAAACAGGAGCACCCGGGCAAGAAAAUGAAGAAGCGGAAGCUAGAGGACUCUGAGGAAGAUGUGGACGUGGAGGAGCUUGAGUCCGGGGAGCUGUCCAGCACAGACACAGAGGACGAUGUGGUUGAAGAGGUGAGGAAGAGCGAACGCCUCUUUCUGCAGGAGGCGGGCAUAACGACGCCCCAGCGUUGGCCGAAACCUGAUCCAGCCCCUGAGACCCUAGCCAUGAAGUUUGACAACCGCAGUGAGUUUGAGCAGAUGACCAUCCUGUAUGACAUCUGGAACUCUGGGCUGGAUGGUGAAGACCUGAUGUUGCUGAAGAAGACUUAUGAGAAGCUGCUCCAGGACGACCACAGCUCUGACUGGCUCAAUGAUACUCACUGGGUCGGCCACACCAUAACCAAUUUGCCGAACCCUCGGCGUAAGAAGAAGACCCCGGAUGGGCAGCUUCGUGAGCACGUUACUGGUUGUGCCAGGAGCGAGGGCUACUACGCCAUCAGCCGCAAGGAGAAGGACGUGUAUCUGGACCUGGAUCUGCCUGAGCAGGUCAUACGGGAAGUGGAGAACGUUGACAACAUGGGUGUUAACCGGGUGCUGUCAGAGAGACGCUCGGAGCAGCGACGCCUCCUCACAGCCAUCGGCACCACAGCUCUCAUGGACUCUGACCUGCUGAAGCUCAACCAGCUCAAGUUCCGCAAAAAGAGGCUUCGUUUCGGACGCAGCAGGAUCCAUGAGUGGGGCCUGUUCGCCAUGGAGCCCAUUGCUGCUGAUGAGAUGGUCAUCGAGUAUGUGGGUCAGAACAUCCGACAGAUGGUUGCUGACAAUAGAGAGAAGCGGUACGCACAGCAGGGCAUCGGGAGCAGCUACUUGUUCAGAGUGGACCACGACACAAUUAUAGACGCCACCAAGUGUGGCAACCUGGCACGAUUCAUCAACCACUGCUGCACUCCAAGCUGCUACGCCAAGGUCAUCACAAUAGAGUCUCAGAAAAAGAUUGUGAUCUACUCGAAGCAGGCCAUCGCCGUCAACGAAGAAAUCACCUACGACUACAAAUUCCCCCUGGAGGACAACAAGAUCCCUUGCCUGUGUGGAACAGAGAACUGCCGUGGGACACUCAACUAGUGGACACAUUUCUCUCCCUCACUCGCCAAUGGCCAGCCAAACAUGGAAACCCUCCCUCCAUAUGGUUUGCCCUCCUCAGACUGUGCAUAGAAAAAAAAAGCCACCCUCAGAUGUCCCCAGACGCUCCUCCGGAUGGCCUUGCAGCAGCCCUCACAAUACCCAGGAACUAGAGACGCGCACACUCUUGCACUUUUCACGUAUAUUUUAAAUUCCCUUGGCAGUUUCACAGACCAGUGUGUGGCAGGGUUGUGCAACCUGGCAUGUGAAAAUAAUUCGAGAGGGCCUCUGCUUCAGCAUGAGUUCUUCUGUGGCAGUAUUGUUUGACUUGAUUGGGUAAUAUCCCUGCAGCCAGGCCCGAAGGGCCUUUUUAUUUCCAUGCCAAUGUCCAGGAAGCCGGAUUGCAGGAAGACAAUGAAAACUGAAAAAAUUAAAAAAUACCAGUAUUUUACGACUACAUCAGCUCACGUAUUCUACAGCCUGGGAUCACGCUUCCAGUGUCAAAUCCCGCCCUGCACCCACUGACCCGCCACCCCCACAGAUCCGCAUACAGACGCACAGGAAUAUCCAACGAAUUCAGGGUUUUUCAGACGACAAACUUCAAUCAAUUUGGUCUUCAGUUAUGCAAGAUUUCCAAGUGUGAAGAUUUGUUUCGAAGCUUUUUUCUUGUUUUAUUUCACGAUAUCAUGAUAAUAUUAUUGUUAUUAAUGGUCUUGUUAUUUAGUUGCAUUGGCUGUAAGUAUCUUACAGUGAAAUAAGCUUCAGUGUACCCAACCACUGUCCCCAGUGGCUUGUGAUUCACCAGCUCUAUAAAACUGUUGCUUCCCUUCUUCACUGUGCGUUACUCUCCUGGUUUGCCACAACCUCCUGUCUGGAGAGUAAAGUCCUUUCAACUGUUUUUAACCCCCGAAGUGAACAUAUGUGAGUUAAGUUCAAGCUCAGUGUGUUAUUUUUUACACCGCUGCUGAUUUCUGUCUGCAGGAUCAGCACAACCAAAAUUGGCCUGUCUUUUUUUUUUCUUUUUUUUUUCUGGUUCUUCCCCGAGUUUGUGCUCCAUCAACUACAAAAUCUUGUACGGAGUCAAGUAUUUGUUUUGUAGGAUCUUUGUCUGUCUCUCUGUCUGUCUGUUUUGACCUGUUUGUUCCAUUGCAUCCUUCUGUUCUCUUUUAACCAGCAGCUGUUUUUAUUUCAAGAGGGUAUAAACAUUUUCUGCUG